AUGGCCACUGGUGGACACGGCAGCCAGCAUUUAAGCCAGGAGUCCAGCGCCUACAGGACGACUUCAAGUUCGCAGCCCUCAAGCUUGCAACGGUCCGCUGACGUCGACGGGUACGUGCAAUAUCCAGCCAAGAAAGCACAGCGGCUUCUGCAUCGUCGAGAGCCUCGGACGACUGAGAAACCAAUCUUGGGAGAAAAACAACUGGAGAGGGUAUUUCCGUCUUAUUGGACGAAGAAAGCAACAGAUACUGUCUUCGACUUUGCGCAGCGUCUGAAACGGGGCCCGCUACAGAAGGACGACGUGACGUAUUCUAUUGAACGGCAUGGGCCCGAUACCUUCAACGCCAAGCUUCGGAUCCAGCUUGAUGAUCUCAAAGACCGGGUCCUAGGAGAGGGCCAGGGAACGACAGAGCCAAGUGCCAAGGAGGCAGCUGCAGAGUCGUUUCGCUCGUCCACGGAGAUGCGUGAACUAGCCAAGUGCUUGCGUUCCUCUCGAGCAGAUAGGAAUGCCGACCGAUUUAAAAGCCACAGCGCUGGGCAAGGCUGGACACCAAACAAACGACGAAGGGAGCUUGAUGAGAGUGAUGCCUUGCCUUCCAAGCAAAAGCCGGCUGACCUCCACCACGCCUGA